GUUGGAACAACGGCAAAACGCUCAAAACCAAAAACCACUUGGAGUACAAUCCAAACAGCUUAACGCGAAGCAAAAGCAAACAGCAGACGACGACGAGGAGUAGCGGUGGCAAAACAUUUUCGAACAUCGUAGCUGGUAGUAACGGCAAACGCCAGCGCACCGAGUUGACGCGAUUGUUAAACGCGCGAGUGUACGCAACUUCAGUACUAUUUGGCAUUCGCUUGCGUUGAGUUCGUUUCUUCGUUUCUGUGGUGACGUUGCGCUCUAGAGUGUGUGUAAAGAAACAAAUAAAUAUUGUAAAGUUUGAAGAAAAAAAGUAGAAAAUACGCACAGAACGCCGCGUGUUGCGUACAAACGAAUUUAUUUUUAUUUUUUAAUACACAAAAAUUAAAUAAAAAUAUUUCUAAAAAAGAGUGUGCAAAGUGCGCGUUGAAGCAAAUGGAAAUUCACUGAAAAAACUGCAACUUAUUGCCAAAGCACACAAAAAACACGAAAAGUGUGUCGCCGCCCCGACUUUUGACAAUUUUCGUGCGCUGUCAAAACGCUUAUUGGCAUUUGUACGCGUGUGCGUGUGUGUUAACGAGCGAAUAACCAGCAGCCAGCAAGUUUUGGCAAGUGUGUCAGCCGGAAAAUAUCCAGAUAUCGCAGGUGCACGUGCAAUAAAUGCAUAUUUCCUUGCUACUACCCAAAACGCAGCUGUAAAUUAACAAAAUUACUUUUGUAAUCCCAAAUUGGUUUAAUUUGCCGGCAAACAGCUUUUCGAGUCAUAAAAACCGAUAACACAACCAGCAACAAACGUAAAAAACCUGCAGUAAAAAUUACUAGUGUGAAAAGUGUUCAAAAAGUAGCAACGCAACAACAACAAAAGUGAUUGAAAGCUGACGGCAGCUGACAGCAAAGUGUUGCUGCUAAACUCAAAUUACUAAAUAAUAAAUAAAGCAAAUUUUUUUACAACACAAAUAAGUAAAUGCGGUGAAUUAGAACACACGCGCUGCGAAAUUAAUUGGAAGUAAAAAUUUACUAUAACAAACAACAACAAAUUGCAGUUUUCCUGUUUGUAAAAAGUGUAAACGACACACAUUUUUUGGCAAAUUUUUGUGUUGUGCGCUUAUUUUUGACGAUAUUUGAAAAAAGUGAAGCCGGUCAGUGCGGCUAAAAAUAAAUCAGCACACACGCACUCAAAUAUAUAAGUAGACACUACAGCAUACACGCUAAACGUGCGCAGCGAAGUUAAAGGGACGCAGCAACAAGUUUACAAUUAUGGGGCAACACAAGCAACAGCAACAGCAACAACAGCGGUGGCGCGUAUGCGGUUUGCAUGCGUUUGCAGUUUUAUACCUCUGCUGUGCAUUAAUAGAUCUCACACUAGCUGAAAUCGAACCAAAAUUGGAGAUUUUCCCCAUGCAAGGUGUGCAACGCAAGCCAGUUGGCAAAUCAUUGAUUUUAACCUGCAAACCCAUAGUGCCCGAUCCGAAUUUGGUAUCCGAUCUGCAAUGGAAGGACAAUUUUAACAAUACCAUACUGCCGAAACCGAACAAAUACUAUUAUCCACUGUAUGAUUCCAAAGGACGUAGAUUACCCGCUGUCACUGGCCGCAAUCAGCCACCGAUGUAUACGGAAACUUUGUCGGAAAGUUUGGCGCUGAUGAUCACCUCGCUGUCGGUCGAAAUGGAAGGCAAAUAUUAUUGCACCGCCUCCUAUGCAAAUACGGAAUUAAUGAAUACGAGCGUUAUAAUUAAAACUUAUGUCGCCAUAACAUGGACAAAUGCUCCGGAGAAUCAAUACCCCAUACUCGGUGAGGACUACACUGUCAAGUGUGAAGUGAAGGCCGAUCCCAAUCCAACCAUAGACUGGCUGCGCAACGGUGAUCCGAUUCGUACCGGUGAUAAAUACGUAGUAGAAGCGCACGGUUUGCUCAUACGCAAUGUGCAAGAAUCCGAUGAUGGUAUUUACACUUGCCGUGCGGCUGUAAUUGAAACUGGUGAACUGCUUGAACGCACCAUACGCGUUGAAGUCUACAUACGUCCAGUUAUUACGCACUUACCAACCACACUCGAGGCCGUUGAAGGUAAACCUUUUGCCGCGAAUUGUACCGCCACAGGCAAACCAGUACCAGAGAUUUCUUGGAUAAAGGACGCCGCUCAACAGAAUGUCGCCACCGCCGAUCGCUUCCAAGUGAACCCACAAACUGGCCUACUCACCAUUAAUUCAGUUUCACAAGAUGAUUAUGGCACCUACACUUGCAUAGCCAAGAACGAUGCCGGCGUGGUAGAUAAGAAAACCAAAUUGAAUGUACUGGUGCGUCCACAGAUUUACGAGUUCUACAAUGUAACUGGCGUGAGUAAGAAGGAAAUUGCUAUCACUUGCCGUUCGAAGGGACGUCCCGCACCCGCUGUCACCUUCAGACGCUGGGGAACUGAGGAAGAAUACGCACCAGGUUUGCAAGCCGAUGAUGAACGCAUCUCUUUGGAGCAACAUUUUGACGAGGAGCGCGGCGAAAGCACGGGAACGCUACGCAUUACAAGUACCACACGUAACGACGAUGGACUUUACCAAUGUAUUGCGCGCAAUAAGGGCGACACCGCUUACAAAACCGGACACAUAACUGUUGAAUUUGCACCAGACUUUUCGCACAUGAAAGAUCUGCCACCGGUCUUCAGCUGGGAAGAACGUAAAGCCAAUCUCAGUUGUCUAGCGCAAGGCAUACCAAAUGCAACAAUCGAAUGGCGCUGGAAUGGACGCCCACUUAAGGAGGCUUUCGAUAAGAAUCUUGUCAUUGUCGGUACCGGUCCACGUAGCGAUUUGAUUGUGCAUCCUGUAGCACGCCAAUACUAUUCCGUCUACAAAUGCAUUGCCACUAAUGUACAUGGUAGCGCCGAGCAUGAUAUGCAAUUGAAAGAGGCGCGUGUGCCCGACCUAGUUGCCGCCGCGAUUCCACGUCAACUCACCGCAACAACAAUUACCUUUGAUAUACGCGGACCACCAACGGAACUAGGUUUACCCAUCACCGCCUAUAGCGUACAAUACAAAGAGGCUAUUAACCCAGAUUGGUCGACGGCACUGAAUCGUACCUGGUCACCAGAUUCGCCCUACAUCGUGGAAGGACUGAAGCCACAGACAGCUUAUCAAUUUCGCUUUGCGGCACGCAAUCAAGUCGGUUUGGGCAUGUGGGGCGUAAACCAACAGCAGUCGACACCCAGACGUUCAGCGCCCGAGGAACCCAAGCCACUGCAUUCGCCGGUGCAAAAUGACAAGGAAGAACCCGUUGUAGUGUCGCCGUACUCCGACCACUUUGAGCUGAGAUGGAGCGUGCCAGCUGACAAUGGUGAACCCAUCGAUUUCUAUCAAAUCAAAUACUGCCCAGGCGUAAAAAUGGCCGGCACUUGGCAUGAACUGGAAAACCAAUGCGUCUCGCAGGACGUCGUCGAAACCACAUCGUACGAGAUGUCGCGUCUAAGUGGCAACACCUACUAUCGCAUCGAAUUGCGUGCGCACAAUGUGAUCGGUUUCUCAUCACCAGCAUCGAUUGUUAUGAAGACGACACGAGGCAUCGAUGUCAUACAAGUAGCCGAACGACAAGUGCUCUCCUCCGCCACCAUUGUGGGCAUAGCUGUGGGCGGCGUGUUGCUGCUGCUCUUCAUCAUCGAUCUGCUAUGCUGUGUAACGGUGCGCAUGGGCGUAAUGGCUACCAUGUGCCGACGGGCGAAGCGUUCGCCAUCCGAUAUCGACGAUGAGACCAAAUUGGGCAGUGCGAAUUCACGCGGCACGCAAAUGGAUCUUGAGUACGCUUGGGUGUUUGCUAGACCGAAAUCAUUUCUGCUCAAUCGCAAUUCAUUGGUUUUCGUUUAAUUCGCAUUAAUUUCAUUUGCAUUUUUACACACGCUACUCAAAUUGUGCCUUAAUUUCACAUUUCAUUUCCUUUAAAUGUCAAUAAACAUGUGUAAAUGUGUACGUGCAGCCUUAUAUUUUUAGUGCAAUAUUAUUUAGACCUAUCCUAGACCACGCACUCCUCACCGAUAAUCCCACCAACCAAACCGACAUACAAAGCAAAGCAGCAGGUGUCGAUAUUCCAUGGAAGUUUAGUGUGUGUCUUCCGCACAAAGUAUUUAUGGUAUACGUUUAUUUAUAGUAAUUAAUCCCGUUAUCCAUCACUUAUAUUAUCUGUAUGUAUGUAUGUGUACGUGCAUAUGUUGUAAUACUACUGUUUUGUGGUGCGUAAGUAACCCACAUCAAUGCGCUUUUAAUUGAACUAACUGUUAGCAUAUAAUGUUACGAGUACCGUUGCUUAAGCAGCAAGUAAGCAAUCAAACACUGAACUACUUGCAAUCUUCCAUAAUCACUUUCCAACAAUGUUAUCUAAGCAUAUCUGUUUAUAUUUGUACAACAACAACUUUUGUAUUUGCUAUUUGUGUGUAACCUCCUCACCGCCACCUUCCUCCUCGCCAUCAAACAUAUCCAUCCCCAUGCUCCUCAAUCACUCGCUCUAUCAUACAUCCUCGUGCUCCUCAUUCUAACAUAUUCACCAAAACCAAAAAAAAAAUAAAAACAACCAAAAAAUACGUGAAACAUUUAACCAAGCAGUCUUUACGGUUGGCAUUUCCCGCUACUUAAUUACAGUGGGCAGUUGGUUAAGGAACCUCCACCAUCACCGCUACCAUUACCGC